CCGGCCACACUCCCUAACGCCAGUGGAAAACAAGCCAAAAACGGAGAGCUGCAGAAGUAAAGGGAUCGCUAUCAAAUUCAAAAUCAAGAGAAAAUCAAAACCGAUGGGCGAAGAGCAGCAACAAUCAACGAGUAAACUGAUGACGAUCCCAAAAGAAGGGGAGAGGAUACUGGGCCCCACUCGGCGGCCCGACGGAACCCUAAGAAAGCCCAUCAGAAUCCGGGCAGGCUACGUUCCUCAGGACGAAGUCGCCAUUUAUCAGUCCAAAGGCGCCCUUCUGAAAAAGGCGCAGCCGGAGGUGCCGCCAGGGUUUGAUCCCGAUGCAGUGGCGGCGAAUAAGCCGAAGACGAAGUCGGCGAAGAGGAAUGAGAGGAAGAAGGAGAAGAAGCUUCAGGCUGCACUUGCUUCAUCAAACGACAAGGGAAGAAACUUGGAUCCAGAGCAAUCUGGAAAACUGAGAACCGAGGAGAGUCCUUUUGUUGAAAAACAACAUAGAUUAGAAAAUUUGGAAACAGUAACUGACCAGAUAACUAAUCUCUUUGUUUCUUCAACAUCAGUUGUUGAAAAACAACAUAGAUUAGAAAAUUUGGAAACAGUAACUGACCAGAUAACUAAUCUCUUUGUUUCUUCAACAUCAGAAGCGACAAACUCAUCCACAGAUCAAAACGAGACAACUAAAAGUGAGGAUUCUGAUCUAGAUAUCAAUAAGAGAAUUAGAGCACUAAAAAAGAAGAUUCGUCUUGCAGAGGCUCAGCUAAAAGUUGACCAAAAUAAUAUGAAGCCAGAACAGGUAGAAAAGAUAACUAAAGUUGAAGGAUGGCUUGAGGAACUUAAAGCUUUGGAGGAUAAAAAGGCUAGUAUCGUUUCCUGAUAUUCUCAAAGGGAGUUUGGAUUCCUUCUCACACAUGCUCUUAUCUAUCAGAAGCCUAACAGUAUGGUUUCCUGAUAUUCUCAAAGGGAGUUUGGAUUCCUUCUCACACAUGCUCUCAUCUAUCAGAAGCCUAAUUUUAUGAUCAUUGGAACGUUGUUACCUCAUGGUUCUCGAGUGCAAACGAUGUAUUAUAGAACAGGGAUCAAUGUGGGGGGUGGUAAUGACAUAUGUAUGAUUUGGACUACUUUUGCACGGAUAAUCAAAUUUCUCCUGCCAAUCUCUUCCCUCCAUCUUUAAUUGUUUUGCACUUCUGUAGUUUCAUUAUUGCAGAUAUAUCUUUUUCCCAGUUUUUUUUGCGGUUGAUGUAAUUUUGGCGGAUAUUGUUGCUAGAGUAGUGUUAUAUGCCCUUAAACAUUCAAUAUAUUUUUAUUGAAUAUUAAUUAA